GGCACAGGAAGUGUCGUCAGGGGGAGUAAGAAUUGUUGACAAAUCCAGCUAGCCUCUGCUGAGUGGAAUAAAAUACUUCAAUUGUUCUAAACUUAGAGUUAAUAAUGACUUCUCCGGAUGAUAAACACGGGACAAAACGACCUGCAUCUCCCACAGAAGAUGGGUCUACUCAGUGGUCGUCUGCAGAUCUGGGAAGCAAUGACAGAAAGCAAAAGUUCUUACGGUUAAUGGGUGCCACCAAGAAAGAACACACUGGUCGUCUUGUCAUUGGUGACCACAAGUCUACGUCCCACUUCCGGACCGGGCUGGAAGAUAGGCGGAUGAACGAGGAGCUGGAGAUGCAGUACCAGCAGAGCAUGGACGGAAAACUCUCAGGCCGGGACCGGAGACACUGCGGUUUGGGUUUCAGCGACCCGGACCCGCAGCCAGAGCCGGUCGUCUCCCCGCCUGUGGAUAGUCAGACAGAAGAUACUACAUCAGAGAAAUCUUCCAGUGAAAACCAACACACAGAAGCUCAGGAUAAAGAUUCCAGCCCAAAGGAGAAAACAUCAAAACAGGACGAGCUGGACUCAGAUGACCACACCAAAAAACAAAACUUUAAAAUGGCGUUUGUUAAAUCAUCGUAGGAUGAGAGAGGAGUUGGCUUUUCUAUUCUCAAAUUGGGACAGUGUGAUGCUUUUUGUUUGACUUUAGGAGAUCACUCUUCAUUUCUAGAGAUGGGAAGCAUCCUGGUGUGCAUGUUCCGAAAGAAUUUAUUCUCCAGGCUUAAGAAAUGUCUUUUCUUUUCAUAUCAUAGUGUGAAAUAAUGCAAAUGAACCUGCUUUUAUUUCACUUAAAACAUUUUAAUUGUCCUGUAUCUGCCUUGAAAUAUACAGAACGAAACAAGAUCAUUUGCCAUUAAAUGUGAUUUGUGUAGAUAUGACUCCUGUAAUUUUCCGUUUUGUCUUUAAACAGUAAAGUUCAAGUGUUCGCUUUGAA